AGGAGGGAUGGUCAGGGUUGACUAGGGCAAUUAUUAGUGGAAAUAUAAGACCGCCACGAAAGUUGUUUUCUGGUCUAUGAAUUGACAGGGAAAUCAACGACGGGAAGACCAGCGGGAUAUGCAGGAUCCUGGAGAGUAUGGUUUGUCAAGGAAUGGUGGUUGUUGCAAGGAGGAAAAGAUGGUCGCGGGAUGCAUGAGAAGGAGGGGAGCAGAAGCACAGCCGCACCUUCUCUGGGGAGAGCAAAUGUGUGGAUUGGCUUAACUGGAGAGUGCGGAUUGCGGGCUAAGGCCGGGGAAAAUCCAGUUCGGGGGCAUCAAUCGCGAGGAAGACCGCCAACUCGCUAGGCUGGGCGACGCAAUCUGUCCAUUAGGGUCUAUGACUAACUGGUUGCAGGCAGCGCAAACACCACUAACGGCCACCUCGAAACCUUUCCUCACCUCAACAGUUUUUGAUACCUGGAAAUCACCAUCCAUCCUUUCCCUAUGGAAGGACCUCCUCAGCAACCGCUUGGCUUCUGUCAAGCAGGAGGUUCCGUUACCCCGCAAAACGUCUCGUAUUUGCAGUCAUAAGCAGAUCGACGUCUCAAAGCGUCGAAUUCGAAGCACUUCGAAUCGACGUGCUCGACGCAGCCAAAUGAUCAGCCUAUCACAUCAAAGCAGCUUCCACUCAUUUCCAUCCAUCCGAGCUUCGCCCGCUCGAUCUAGAACCCCAGAAACCCCUCGCACCUUGCGCCUCCUGCACAUCUUACUGUCACACAUCAUCACAUCUCUUUCUCCUCAGAUCCUUACCUCUUGUAUCCAGGAAUUAAUUGAGCAUGAUCUCCAUGAUUCGCUUACCAGUAGGAAUUGUCGGAACCGCUCCUCUACAUACCCCAGAUUCAGGUCAACAUGGCUUGUAGCGAGACACGCGACACAUGCAGACAAGACCCCGUCAAUAAAGUGUCUGUGUAGCUUCAGCAGAAAUAAAGCCACAGCUCUUGUUUGUGAGCACUGAGCAUUUCAUGGACGAACGGAAUGUAACGACGGCAGUUGCCAGCAAAAGCACAAUCUGGCAUACGCCAUGGCUGUAUAUCCGUACCCCAGAGACAGAUCGUGGAAAGACUGGCGGGUCAAAAGGACUACUGAAACCAAUCAGUGCAUGAAAGACAGGAUAAGCUUUGCCCUGUUCGUUGACAUCAGCCCAUGCAGUGUACUGCGCCUAGCACAGUCCGUCUCC